GAACGUGAGCUCCGUGAAAAGCAAGAAAAAUUACAAAAAUUUCCCUAAUGGAGAAAACUACGGCAAAGAUAAAGAUGUCGAUGGUGUUGGGACGGUAAGGUCGAAGAUGGGUAAACUCAGAAAAAUGUUUGAUGAGGAUAGGAGAUUGAAAAGCACAGGAAAAAAUGAAUGUGGUGAACCAUUGUUGGUGGUUGUACGAAGUGGUAAUCCUGGCAAGAAAAAGGAUUGGGACAGAGUUGCGUUAUUGGACAAUGGUGACAUGAAAGAAGAAUUAGAGAAUGGUAACAGGGCGGAGGAAUUGGAGAAUGGUUACAGGGUGGAGGAGUUGGAGAAUGUUGACAGGGCAGAGGAGUUGGAGAAUGGUGACAGGGCGGAGGAAUUGGAGAAUGGUGACAGGGCGGAGGAAUUGGAGAAUGGUGACAGAGCGGAGGAAUUAGAGAAUGGUGACAGGGCGGAGGAAUUAGAGAAUGGUGACAGGGCGGAGGAAUUGGAGAAUGGUGACAGGGUGGAUGAAUUAGAGAAAGGUGACAGUGCGGAGGAACUGGAGAAUGAUGGAAUGGAAAAUGAUUAUAGCAGUGAUGAAGAAGAAUUAGCAAGCUACUCCGAGCAAAAAUCUAUUAUCAAAUUUUUGAACUCAGCUAACAUUAGCGAUUUGUGUCGAGUAAAAGGAUGUUCAUUGGUUAAAGCAAAGAAACUUUGUCACUUACGUCCAUUUGAUUCAUGGAAUGAUCUGAUGGAUAAAAUAUCACAGGCAAAGCACCUGACUAUUGAGCUUGCCUUGGAGUGUCUAAAUGUAUUAAAACAGCGAGAAAAGAUGGAAGAACUAAUAAAGAAAAGUGAAUGUAUCAGUAAAAGCAUCGAAGGUCUCUUUGAAAUGAAAAGAUGUAAUCAGGAGAAUAACGGCAGUGACUCGACAUCGUCCAUGUUAGUUGUUAAAGAAAAAUACGCUGUCUCUGAACCAAGUCUUGUGGCUUCUGGGUUUAAACUCAAGUCUUAUCAACUAACCGGUCUGAACUGGCUUAUUGCGUUACACAAACGAGAUGUUAAUGGAAUUUUAGCUGAUGAAAUGGGAUUGGGUAAAACUAUACAGGCAAUUGUCUUUCUAGCGUAUCUAAUCGAGCAGAACGAAGGACCUCAUCUCAUUGUAGUACCAUCUUCAACACUUGAUAAUUGGAAAAGAGAACUGGAGCGUUGGUGUCCUUCAAUCACGUGUUUACUUUAUUACGGGUCGCAGGCCGAGAGAAGAGCAUUUAGAGACAAAGUGCUGUAUUCCGAACGCAAAUUUCAGAUACUGCUUACAACUUACAACAUGGGAGUAAGUUCAACAUUUGACUCAAAUUUUCUAAGGAAAUUGAAAUUUCAUUACGCUGUUUUUGAUGAAGCACACAUGCUGAAAAACAUGGAUUGGUCAUGUGGUCAUGUCUUCAGAGUCAAAUGA